CCAUUAUUCGUUUUAUCUAAAAUUCCCACCGAAAGCUUUCUCUCUUUAGAAGACAAACCCCACUCCCCACCCCAUCCCCCACGCCCAAAAAAACAACAUGCAACAAGAAGACUUGCUAGAAAACUUGGAUUUUUGCCAUUAUUUGGCCAAAGAUAUAUCAUCAAGUAAUAAUAAUAUGAUGGGAGAAUAUGGUUUUGGUAUUCCAACUCUUAAAGGCUUUUGUAGUUCCGCGUUUUACCCUCAUCAUGUGGAAUUUCAAGAAACUAUAGAGAGUACUACCCCAGAGGCUAGAGCUAAGAAUCAUAAAGAAGCUGAAAGAAGAAGAAGAGAGAAGAUUAAUUCUCAUCUUGAAAGGCUCAGAACCCUACUUUCCUGCAAUUCUAAGACAGAUAAAGCUUCUUUACUAGCCAAAGUGGUUCAACGUGUGAGGGAGCUCAAAGAGCAAACUUCACAAAUCAUACAACUUGAAACAAACUUCCCUUCUGAAACUGAUGAAAUCACUGUGCUCUCAUCAAAUGAUUUUUUAGCUGAUGGAAGAUUACUCAUUAAGGCAUCCCUUUGUUGCGAGGAUCGAUUCAAUCUGAUCCCUGACCUAAUUGAAACCCUAAAAUCGCUCGGAUUGAGUCCUCUAAGAGCUGAAAUGGUCACAUUAGGAGGGAGAAUUCGUAACGUUAUUGUAUUAGCUGCAGAUCGUAAGGGUAAUAAUAGUACUAGUGAUGAGUCGCUUUUGUUCUUGAGAGAUGCUUUGAGGUCUAUAGUUCAACGUUCAAGUUAUGGUACUGGUGAACGGUCUAAAAGGCGAAGAAGAGUAUUAGGUCAAGAAACAAGAAAUGAGUAGGGUACAACUAAUUUUCCAUGGAUGCUUUGUCGAAGGGGAGCCUUAGUGUGAUCUGUAAGUGACGAGUUCGAGUCGUGAUAUCAAUCAGCCAUUAAUAUUUGUGUCAGGAUAAGUUAUCUAUAUUACACUCCUGGGGUGCAGCUGAUUUUUCUUUCAUGGAUGCGCUAUUUGGAUAGGUCCAUGCAUGCGCUAUAUAUGUUAUAUUUUAUAUGUUGUCGUGAGUAAUUUAAGAGUUUGGAUAUGUAAUAGUAACCAACUAAUUAGGGUUUGUUUAGACCAGGGUUAAGGAUAAAUGUAAGUAAUCGUUUCACUUGAUAUAACUAUGAAUGACGAUCGGCAAGGGAGAUAAGCUUGCCAUUUAUUAUAUCUUCA